CGUGGGCACAUCGAAGGAACGCCCGGCUGCAGACCCGGCAGCCGAGAUGGCGGCGCCGCAACCCUGCGCGGAUGGCUCCUGCUGCUCACACCCCGGGGCUGUGCCCGGGGUACAGCAGACGCUGGAGGAGAUGGACUUCGAGAGGGGCAUCUGGUCGGCAGCCCUGAAUGGAGACCUGGGCCGAGUGAAGCAUUUCAUCCAGAAGGCCACGGACCCUAGCCAGCCUGACUCUGCUGGCUACACUGCACUGCACUACGCUAGCCGCAAUGGGCACUAUGCUGUUUGCCAGUUUCUGCUGGAAAGUGGAGCAAAGUGUGAUGCCCAGACCCACGGGGGUGCCACAGCUUUACACCGGGCCAGCUACUGUGGGCACACAGAAAUUGCACGAUUACUGCUGUCCCACGGGUGCGACCCCCGCUUGGUCGAUGACGAUGGCAUGACUAGUCUACAUAAGGUAUGCCUCUCUCUCCACAGGCUGCAGAGAAGGGUCACGAGGACAUUUGUUCCCUCCUGUUACAACACAGCCCAGCCCUGAAGGCUGUCCGGGAUCGCAAAGCACGCCUAGCAUGUGACCUGCUGCCCUGCAACAGUGGCCUGCGGGACCUGUUGGCCAGCUGAGGCUCUACCUCCUGCCUCUGCCCUUGAAGGGUACACAGACCGCUCUCCACACCCCUGCCUUGCUCAGCAUCAUGCUGUUGGAUGGGACCAGGGCCAAAAUGCCCAGAAGAGCCCCCGUCUGGCCAGUAUGGGAGCCAGUAGGGAGGCUUGGGAAGGCUUGAAGGCUGUGAGCCUGGACAGGUGAUCAUAUAAGUUAGUCCUGGUAGAAACAACUAUCCAUUUGGAAGGAUUCUAUAUCUUGAAAUUUAUCUUUGUCUGUGGGAUGAUGUCAGGAUAUAAGCUUUAUUUUCUUCCAAAUGGAUAGUUGGAACAAUUGUAACUUUAUCAAAUUGUAAAUCUAAGUCACAUGCGGGUUACCCUUGUAACAGACGAAGGCUGGUAGAAUGUUAUGGCCCAGAUCUGGUG